CUAGCACAGAGGCGGGUAAAGGCGUGAACCUGUUCAGAAUUUGUAGGGGCUUCUUUUUUGUUUUGCAACCAAGAGUGAUGAACAGCAAGAGAAGAGUAGCAACAGCGCGCUGUGCGAGGUUCCAGGGAGUGAGGAAAGCUCAAACGGCGAACAACGUCACCAGACAAGUGAGGUCGGCAGUGAAUGUUGCUGGAAAUUCUGGUGCUUACUCUCUCUACUCAACGUCAAAUGACUCAGAUCAGGUAGGGGUGGUACGCAGAGGUCUAGAGCACUGUGAAGCUGUUUUGAACAGUCUUCUUCAAUCAAAUGAAGGGUCAACUAGUUGUUCCAAGACAGCUCAAAGUCAUAGGACAAAGACUGGAGUAACCAAACUUCUUGCUCCAAAGCAAUCAUCAACUCCUCGUGGCCAAUUAAGGGAGCAUUGCGAAGUUGAGAAUGAACAUUGUGAGAAACAGAAGGAAGAGCAGACAACUGCAGUGAAAAACAGACAUAGAAUGAGCAAACAGAGUUGUACAGAAGUGCCUGUGACUAGUAAUGUUCAUAUACCCCCUGUAGUUAGUAUUGACAAGGAAACUCAAACCACAGUUGCAGGUACUAAUACUGAUAUCAAAGUUCCACACCAACCAAAGCAGAGAAAUGAUGGUAGACAGUUGGGACAUGUUCAGUAUUCUGCUCAAGGAGCAGUUCCUUAUCGGAGUAGACACAAGUCUCGAAGACACCAGAGUGUUCCUGCGGGUUUACCAUCAUUUAAUAUCAGGCAACAGCCAGGUCCACAGAUGUACUCUUCUGCAUGGUAUCCACCAUAUCCAUACUAUCCUUCUUACCAUCCAUUUAUGGCUCCUGAUUUGAAUAUUUACCCAUCUGCUGCUGCAAGCAACGAUCAUGCAAUUUUUUUAGACAGAAGACAGUCUCAUGACGUUGAGAAGAAUUUUGGACAUUUAGAUGGUAGAAAUUCAUCACAACAGAUGCCACCAAUGACAAAACCAUUUUCUUAUCCUCCCAGUUCAUGUCCUGGACUGGUCAACCCCCAACAUCCGAGACCUUUACAGCAGACUUUAAAGAGUGAACACAGACAAGCAGAAGUGAGGUUCAAACUAUCAAGCAAACUUGGUCAGCUGAAGUCACUUGCUGCUGCAACAGGUCAUUGUGAGAUAAUAGACUUGGUUGAUUCCUUGGGAAAAGAAUUGGCAGCUACUCAAUCUGUGCCACUUAUAAUGAGCAACAGCAAAGAUAAUAAGUGCAACCAGACAGUGAAAAAAUUAGAGAGAGAAAUACAUCAGCUUAGACUUGAGAGAGAGCAUCUACAGAAGAGAUUUAAAGUUGCAAAGGAAAGGCUGGCUGAGAUGCACAGAAAUUCAUCGUACAAAAAUGUGCUGCAAUUGAAAGUUGAGUUGGAGAGGAUGGAACAGAGUGCAGCUGAAGUUGAAGAAACUGUGGGAAUGUUGAGAUCACAGAAUGAAGUGUUAAGUAGAGCUGUUCAUGGCAGCAAGUUGGAAGUUAAGAAGGCAAUGGAAUUACUGUUUGUCAAGGAAAAGGAGAACUUUGAUCUUCAACAGAAUGGUGACAGCAGACUACAGGCACUACAACAAGCAAUGCAACAUGCAGAAGCACAGCAGAGAUCAACAAAGUUGUCAUUAGACGAGAGUGAAAGGAAGAAUUCUGUUCUGAAACUGUCACUGAAAGAACGUGAUGCUCAAAUUACCAGUCUGAAAGACCAAGUGCUGUAUGUGAGCUCACUAGGGUUAAGGAAGUCUGUUGCUGGGUUACUGAUUGACAAAGAAACGAGUAGAAAGACAGCUAAAACUGCGGAAGAAGAGGAGCCAUGGAUCAUACCAUCACUAACUUCACAACAUUUGGAACAGCUACUCCAAAGCAAAAUAUCAGCACCUGCUGUGAAUCCGCAUUCUAGUGGGUGUGUUGUUAGCCCUACAAGCAGCUGCACACUGUCUGAACGAUUUGAGUCUGUUGGAGCAGGAGGCAAUGUGCUGGACAAUGUAAAUAAGACAUCACAAAUGAGUGACAUGGCAAGGCAGGAGACUACAAUCAAGCCAUGUCAUAGUGACAGCGCAAUAGCAGACCCUGAUCGAAUCGAUCCGACAUCAAGUGUCUGUAAGUGGCUUGAACAAGCAUCCACAGAGACAACCAACAGCAAGACUUGCCAUCUAUCACAUACUAAUUCAUCAUGUGUAGAGUCUGCUGGUUCUGUUCAAGCUGCUAUGCCAAUUUCUGGCACAAACUCAAAGUCUAGUAGCAUUAUAGAAACAUUCAAUGGUCAGGAGAAUGGGAGUGCCGAUUUAGUAUCAUCUACAUCGACGGCAACAUGGAGUGUUAGUGAAGCUGAAUUUAGACGAGAUUUAGCUGCUCUAGAUGCUGGAAUAGCACACCUACAAAGACAGUUACUGGAAAAGUAAAUGUAGGAUACACCCCCAUAACCUUGACAUAGAAUUAUGCUGUACAUGUAGACAAAACAACAUAUUCUAUACCAUAGAAUCUAGUGGUUAUUUAAUUGAGCAAUGCUAGUGGAUAUUGAUAUUGCUGAGCAACUACUGAUGAUAAUGAUUCUUGCAUAUAAACAUCUUAUUUGAGAUGCCUUUUUUGUAACUAACAUUCUAUCUGAAUAAUGUAUUAUUAUAGUCUUAAUUUGAGCUGCACUGUAACAUCAGACAC